AUGGUUAACGAAUAUUUGGAUGCUGUAAAUCUAGUGAGAAAUAGUACGGCCGAUGUAGCUAUUGCUGGUGAAAUUAUGCUUGCAGCAACAGUUCGUCAAUUCAACAAUCAACUGAAACUGGUUGGUGGUAUAUUUAACAGUACGAUUGUCGGUAUUGUAUGCAACAAAAAUAAGGUUAAUCUAUGUUGUGCAUUAGUUAAUGCUAUCAAUUUUCUUAUCAAUGAAGGCAUCUAUAAGGAUUUAUUGCAACGAUAUUCGUUCAAUUACACAAAUAAUGCUAUUUGUUCAUCAAGAAUUAAUCUUCAAGGGUCAACUUGUGCAUCUAUGUGUAUACCACGUAAUAAACAGCUAUGCAUGAAAAAUCUAAAUUGA